UUCACAAGUCGAACUUCGAAAGUGGAAAGUAGCAAACCUGAUUUUGCGCUUUAUAAUAGGUUUCCCUCAGCCAGAUAUGGUAUACCAUGAUAUGUGGGUGAUUUACUGCGUCUGCGUAACUGGCACGACCUGCAAGAGGUUCUCCAAUAAAGGAGAUGAUCCAUGAGUCACAUUUAAGUAUCUGUUGCUGUAACCCAUAAAAAAAUUAAUGAAAGAUGUAUUGUCACAUAUGUGGAAAGGAAAGACGUGGAGAUGCCCAGUUUUGUGCAAGCUGUGGGACCAAGCUUGAUGACAUUGCCGCAGGGGAUUCAGGGUCAGUGAAGGAGAGGCGACCGAGUACAUGCUCAGAGCAAGAACCAACUUUGAGUUUGAAAGAAAGGCUCGAAGUCUUCAGAAUGAAGCAGCGUCCUCUACAAAGUAACACCAAAAGAGGAAGGAAAGAGUCCACUCACACUACUGGCAUUGUAAAGAAAGGGAAAUUUGAGCUUAGCGUCUUAUUUCUGGACGGUGGUCACCACAUCCUUAAAAGACUUUUCCCUUCACCGACUGGACCGACUGGGACCUUGACAAUUUCUGUCAGUGAAAAUUCUAAUUCAAGUGACUGGUUGAAGGCAAUUAGCAGCAAGUUCAUAAACACUUCAUUCACCCUAUGUACACCAUCUGGAUGUGGAUUCCAGGCCAUUGAACAACCAGUUGGGCUGGAAUUUGUGAGGGAUUUAAAGAAGGCUAAACACUACAAGCUUCUUCGUAUCUAUGUUCAAGCCGACACAAAAGGUAACUCUUAAGUUCUGUAAAAAAUGUAUGAAAUAGAAGUAGCUUCAAUGAAAUGGGAAAUU